AUGGUGAAGGAGGGUAAGGGACUGCUCAGUGGCUCAAAGGAAACAUGUUUGUCCUUUGUUUUGUGUUCCCUUGUAGUGGAUGGGUGCAUUAUUCCUGAACGAUUAUGUCGCACCUGUUGUUGUUCAGCGUUACCAGCUACCGCUAGGCUAAUGUUUCUAAAACAGACUAUGUUUAUUUGUAUAUUGAGAGCCGUUACAAUGUACCAAAUGCCAUGAUAUUGAAUGCAUUGUUAUAUUGUGUCAAUUAUCGGAAGUUGUACCUCAGGUAUGACCCAUGGAAGCAGAAGGGAAUUUAUAUAAUGCCCAACCCAGUUAAAAAGGUGAGAAGAGCAGACAAACUACUCCAGAAGUUAAAGGGACCAGACAACAAAGAAUCACAUGAUCUCAGGAAACUACUGUCCCUGCUUGAAACUAAUGCUCACAGACACCAGGUUGCAGUAUUGAGUCAGUCAUGUAAGGUCCGCAACAGUGGAGGAAGAUCCCAGACCAUUCUCCAGCUAAAUAUUGCCAGCAACAAUAGGAGUCAGAUUCACAUAACCUCUGAAGAUCAUGAGCUGGAGAAAUUCAGUGCAACAUACAGAAAUCAACAUUGUUUCAACAGUCAUCCUCAACAUAAGCUUUUUUUGGAGAUCCUUACCUCUUUGGUCAAGAACAGACUGUGCAGUGACUGGGUCGACCAUGCACCACCUGAGUCUGUCCUUAGAGUACUCAUCUGUCUACGAUUGCUCGUAAGAGAACCACUUUAUCAGAGAGUUUUUCAUCAACUCCAAGGUGUUGAUCUUCUCGCAAGGUACAUGGAGUUGGUGUGCAGCAGUUAUCUGGGGUGUGGAGAGCAGACAUUUGCCAUGGAGAAGUUGGUCACCAUGACGUAUAUGCUUCAGAAACUGUCUGCAGUGGAGGACCAAAGGCAGUGGGUUAUUGAGAGUGGCGCUCAUAAGACCCUGGUAAAGCUCCUAUCAACACGUGACAGCAGUGUAUUACUAGGUGCCCUCCUAGCACUCACCUCAUUGGCUGAGAGUUCAGAAUGCAAGAAGACGAUAGGAGAGUUGUCAAUCGUGGAGAAUCUUCUUGUUAUACUACAAGAUUAUGACUUACUGUCCAAAAGGAUGAGUGCAGAGUUGCUGCGGCUGCUUUCCCCGGUGCGGCAGGUGCGGGAGCAGGUGAGGGAGUGUGAAGGCCUGCCGGUGCUGCUCAGCCUGCUGCACGGGGAGCACCUGAAGCUGCUAUGGAGCGUAGUGUGGGUCCUGGUCCAGCUGUGUGAGGAGCCAGACACCAGCGCCGAAAUACGCACCUGGGGAGGGGUGCAACAGCUACUUCACAUCCUUGACAGUGAGCGGGCGUACGUUUCGGACCGCUCCUCUAUCGAGGCCCUCUGCAGCGCCAAUGCAGCGGGACGCAUCCAGAGACAGCACGUCAGUGAGGAGCUCAGUCCACAGGAGGAUGUGGACGACACCAUGUCUCUACAGUCAGCAUGCUGUGCGGCUCUGACUGAACUCGUUUUGGAUGACACCACUGCACAUCAGGUGGUUCAGGAGAAUGGGGUCUAUGUAAUUGCGAAAUUGAUUCUGCCACAAAGCUUUCGCAAUGGACCAAAAGCAAUAUCCCUACAGUGCUAUGCAUUUCGGACCCUACGUUUCCUCUUCAGCAUGGAAUGUAACCGACAUCUAUUUAAAAGGCUCUUUCCUACAGAUUUAUUUGAGCUGUUCAUUGAUGUUGGGCAUUAUGUGAGAGACAUCACUGUCUAUGAAGCACUUCAAGCAAAAGUUUCUCUCUACACUCAGGAGGAAUUGGACAGCCUGAGGGAGAAUAUUGAGACUGUCGACCAGAACCGCCCUCCUCUGAGAGUGAUCAAUGGCUACUCCAUACUGGACCAUCUAGGCACUGGGGCAUUCGGCAGUGUGUUCAAGGUGAGGAAACAGAGUGGUCAGAACCUUCUGGCUCUGAAGGAAGUGAAUCUCCACAACCCUGCCUUCGGUAAAGAUAAGAAGUCCAGAGACAGCAACGUGGAGAAGAUAGUGUCUGAGCUCACCAUCAUUAAGGAACAGAUGACCCAUCCAAAUGUUGUGAAAUAUUACAAGACAUUCUUGAAAGGUGACAGGCUAUACAUUGUCAUGGAGUUGAUAGAAGGUGUUCCCCUCUGGGACCAUUUCAACUCUCUGAAAGAGAAGGAGCAGCAAUUCACAGAGGAGAGACUUUGGAACAUAUUCAUCCAGAUGUGUCUGGCUUUAAGGUACCUGCACAAGGAGAAGAGGAUCGUCCACCGAGACCUCACUCCUAAUAACGUCAUGCUGGGAGAGAGGGACAAAGUCACUAUCAGUCAGUCAAUCACAGUUGUCCUUUUCAUGCUCUAUUUCUCUCUCCUCAUGGCAUCUUCUACUAAAACCAGAGGCACACCUGACUUUGGGCUGGCUAAACAGAAACAGGAGAACAGCAAGCUAACAUCAGUGGUUGGGACCAUACUGUACUCCUGUCCAGAGAUAGUGAAGAGUGAGCCAUAUGGGGAGAAGGCUGAUGUCUGGGCUAGCGGAUGUAUCCUCUACCAGAUGGCCACACUGAGGCCUCCAUUCUACAGCAGCAACAUGCUCUCCCUCGCCACCAAGAUUGUGGAGGCAGUCUAUGAACCAGUGGAGGAAGGCAUUUUCUCAGAGAGAGUCACAGACAUGAUUAAAUGCUGCCUGACAACCGACGCAGACUUGCGUCCAGACAUUGUGGAAGUCAGCUCCAAGAUCUCUGACAUCAUGAUGAGGUUCAUGGACAGUUUGUAUACUUCCCAGAAUGCUUUGGAGAGGAGGGCAGAGCGAGACAGGAAGCGAGCACAGAAGUACUUCCUGGAGAGCCAUCGGGGCAGGGUCAGCUGCUGCCACUCCUCUAAAGACCAGGAGAAAACCAGUACUAGGACUGACUCUGAUGAGUCCAUGGUACCAUAUUUCUCUUUAGGCCACAGCUCAAAUCAAAGCAAAAAAAUACCCAGCCAAGAUAAUGGCUCAGAUAAAGAUCUAGAUCCCUUUCACACUAACAUCUCCACUGUCUCGGGGUAUAAAGACGCUGGGCCGAUAAAGAGUAGUGUCAGUGCUUCUGUGGUAGAUGAACCAAACUUAGCUGGUGGUGAGUUUGCUGUUCCGAAGCCAAAACCUCGACCAGUGUCAGCAGGAAUCUGUGUGUCUCAGAGAAAGGUUCGGCAGAUCGAUGAUCCCGUCCAAAGACUCCUGGUACAACUGCAUAAGAUCAUUUACAUCACUCAGCUUCCCCCAGCUCUUCAGCACAGUGUCAAACGGCGGGCGAUUGAGAGAUUCAAAAAGUCCCUGUUCCACUACGAAAGCAGUCCCUACAAUCUCAAGGUGGAGCUUAACAAGCUGCUUCAGGGGUCUCCAGAGCUAAUGGAGUCAGGCUCUGCCAGCUCAGACUGGUGGUCUCUGGUCCAGUCUUUUGGAGGAGACCAUCUAGGUGCUGCCAAGCAAGCAGGGUUGGGUGAUAUGGAAAAUGGUGAUCUCAAGGAGGGAAUCAGCUAUGAGCAGAUGCAGGCCAUUAUAGAGGAGGUUCUGGAGGAGAAUGGAUACUACAACGCAAUGAGGAUUGACCAGGGUGCAACAGGGAGAAACCAGUGACCUUCAUCCUUAUAAGUCAUAUCUUCAUUGGCAUGCUAGUGUUUUCCAGUCACACUGUCGAAAUGGGCUAGCACUACAUUUCUUUGAGAGGCUGAUAACCUUGAGAAGGAAGUAGAUCAAUGAUACACAGUCUGCAUAAAGGGGAAGUGUUUCACGACAGGCUCAAACAGACAAAUAGUACUGAUUUCGGGUCAAAGAAAGCAGUCAUACGUCUUCAACACAUAUGCAUAUUAGACUAUUUAUGGCCUAUGAAAUUGAAGCUGUAUGGUCACUUGGAGUUUGCACUGAGCUAAUGUACUCAUGCAUUGAUCAUAUGUACAAAUCUAUACAGAUUCUAGGGUCUUUCUCAGUGUUGUGUGAUGUUUGUGUGGUUAUUUUGUGAUCUCUCUCUCUCAGGUUACACUUUCUUUAACUCUAAGUAGACUCAGGAUAGGGAUAUUACCGCUUUAUCUCUGGUAUUGUCUGACCUGCAUCAGACGGCAUGUUCCUAAUGUCGCUAUACAAUGACGUGUUUGUUGUUGUUGUUGUUGUUGAGGACUUUUGCACAGUUAAAUAGUCUACUUCCAGAUGAUAUUCUAUGUUAAAUGUUAUUAAUUGUACAUUUUCAUUUCUUUCUAAACAGCUAUGCUUUGAGGAAAUCUCAGGUGAAGCGAGAUGCACUUUCUACCUAUGUUUAACUUUCUUCAGACAGGUAUCCGUGUCCUCAGGUCUGUGUGUUAAUAGAAACUAUUGCAUGUAUUUCCAUUACAUGGGAAAUAAAUAUAUUGCUGUGGAGAA